AUGAAGGGAAUCUGUGUCGUUCUGUUGUGCGCAGCAGUGUCUUAUGCAGUACCAAUCCAGAAAAAGAGAGAACAGCUGCAACUCGUUGAGAAAUACUUAGAAAACUAUUAUAACUUCACCUCAGAUGGGAAACCAACCUUAAGAUGGAAAACCAACAGUCCUAUGGUUGAAAAAGUCAGAGAAAUGCAACAGUUUAUGGGACUAGAAGUGACUGGCAAUUUAGAUUAUAAUACACUGGAAAUUAUGCAGAAACCAAGAUGUGGAAAUCCAGAUGUUGGACAGUUUGCUUUCUUUGCAGGACAACCCAAAUGGGGAAAGAAAGACUUGACUUACAGGAUAUUGAACUAUACACCAGACAUGAAGAGACUUGACGUGGACAAAGACAUUGAGAAAGCAUUUAAAGUUUGGAGUCAGGUUUCACCACUGACGUUCAGACGGAUUUCUCAAGGCGAUGCUGAUAUAAUGAUCUCUUUUGGUGCAAGAGAACAUGGAGAUUUCAAUCCUUUUGAUGGACCUGGAGGCACUGUUGCCCAUGCUUAUGCCCCUAGCAGUGGUAUUGGAGGAGAUGCCCACUUUGACGAGGAUGAAAAAUGGAGUCAUGGCUUAGAUGGUUCCAACCUGUUUUUUGUUGCUGCUCAUGAAUUUGGCCACUCACUGGGCCUCUACCACUCUAAAGAUCCUAAUGCUGUGAUGUUCCCAGUGUAUAGGCAUCCUGAACACAGUCAACAAAUCCUAGCUCAGGAUGAUAUUCAAGGCAUUCAGCACCUCUAUGGUCCAUCACUUAACCCACCUCAAGACCCACAGGAGAACGAUGAGCCAUUUGAACCUGUCCGGCCAACCCAACCUGCAUUACCAACAGCUUGUGAUCCUCAUUUAACAUUUGAUGCUGUCACUCCUUUUCGGGGAGAAAUAUUAUUCUUUAAAGACAAGUAUUUCUGGCGAAAGCAUCCUCAAUAUGCACAGAUAGACUUUAGCUUAAUUUCUCAGUUCUGGUCAUUUUUACCAGCCGGUGCGGAUGCGGUCUCUGAGAAUAAUGAUAAAGAUCAGACACUUCUCUUUAAAGGUAACCAGUUCUGGGUUGUGAGAGGUGAAUACAAGCUUCCUGGGUAUCCCAAGCGUAUCCAAAGCCUUGGUUUGCCAAAAGAUGUCAAGAGAAUUGAUGCAGCAUUUUACAAUGCUAAUGAAAAACGAACAUACUACUUUUCUUCUGAUAAGUACUGGAGUUAUGAUGAAAGAACCAAACAUGGUCAAGAACCCAGAAAGAUCAGAGAUGACUUCCCAGGUAUUGGUGGGAAAGUUUGA